GGUGUUUACGUUUCUUUACUUCCGUAGGUCGGUUCUGCGGAAUAUCGACACCGGAUUCCACGUUAAAAUCCAAGACGUUUCCGAAAAAUAUUCGGCCAUGUUCGUCUUUUUCACGUGCGUAUUAUCGGCGCCCGUCAGAUCAGUAUGAUCCGCGUCGUUUGGCGUUUUCUCUAGGCGUCGUAUCGCGAGUUUUCCCUCAGCGUUCAUCCCAGAGAAGCUAAAGCUAGCGGUGUGCUAGCAGCGCGUCAGCGGCUCCGAGCCACUUUUAGAAAGCAUCCGCUAAUUUAACACGUUUGAUUUGGCUCUCAAACAAGGCAGUCAUGGCCACUAGGCGUCUUACCGAUGCCUUCUUGUUAUUGCGGAACAAUGCUAUCCAAAACCGGCAGAUAUUGGCUGAGCAAGUGAGUACAUACGACCCCCGUCUGAGUACACGUAGCAAUGCUGCGGAGCUUGAUGAGUUGGCUGAUGAUCGAAUGGCGCUGGUGUCCGGGAUCAGUCUGGAUCCUGAAGCUGCCAUUGGAGUCACCAAGAAGCUGCCUCCCAAGUGGGUAGAGGGGGUGGAUGAGAUCCAGUAUGAAAUCACACGAGUCCGGCAAAAAAUGAAGGAUUUGGCCUUACUUCAUGACAAGCACAUGAAUCGUCCCACACUGGAUGACAGCAGCGAAGAGGAGCAUGCGAUAGAAAUCACUACUCAGGAGAUCACACAGAUGUUCCAUCGAUGCCAGCGAGCGGUGACGGGUUUGCAGUCCCGCUGUGGCCACUGCACCGAGCAGGAAGAGCGACUGCUCCGAAACGUGGUCUCAUCUCUGGCGCAGAGUCUGCAGGACCUCUCCACCAACUUUAGACACACUCAGUCCAGCUACUUAAAACGAAUGAAGAAUCGUGAGGAGAGAUCAAAGCACUUUUUUGACUCGGGGCCCUUGAUGGAGGAGGAUGAAGAUUUAGCUCUAUAUGACAGGGGCUUCACGGACGACCAAUUGAUGCUGGUGGAGCAGAACACAGUCAUGGUCGAAGAACGAGAGCGGGAGAUCCGGCAGAUCGUGCAGUCCAUCUCUGAUCUGAACGAGAUUUUUCGGGACUUGGCCGGAAUGGUGGUGGAGCAGGGCACUGUUCUGGAUAGGAUCGACUUCAAUGUGGAGCAGGCGUGUGUUAAAACUGAAGAUGGACUGAAACAGUUACAAAAGGCGGAGCAGUACCAGAAGAAAAACAGGAAGAUGCUGGUCAUUCUGAUCCUCUUCGUCAUAGUCAUUGUUCUAAUUCUUAUUCUUUUCGGAACAAAGUUUUAAUCAAGCAUUCCUCUGGCUUUCGUUCUGUCUGUUUGUCGUGCAUCUGUGUGGACUUGGACUCGUUUCUGCUCCAAAAAAAAGGCGGCUGCUUUACAUCCCAACCUGGAACCAUCAAAUGAAGAAUUGUGGAUCUUAUGCAAAGGGCACUGCGGGCUUCACGGAGACGCUUUUGGGUCGAUCUCCAUGAAACAAUCGACUGUGUGUUUGAGCCACAGGUGUUUUUACUGACUGCCGCGACUGUGAGAUGUUUGUCAAACAUGAUCACGCUGACGUAUCAGUCUACACAGAAGAAAUCACUUUGUGGUGUAGAAAACUGUCCUAUGUCAAGCUGCUGAAGCAGAGCUUCGUCGAAGCGCGAAUUGUGAUGCUGUGUGAAGACGCAUCAUUUCUGUCCAGAUAGGUUUGCAGACAUUUGGUUUGUUUGUGAGGAAAAUGUGAUGAAUGUUUGUGCAAACAUGCAGUAGGUCAAAUAUACUGCAAAUUCAUUUCCAGUUCAGCAUAACAUUGGUGGUCCUGGCUCAGUAUUUUUACCUUAAAAGAUUUCAGGAGAAUGUUUGGUAUUUUAGGAGAUGACUAGCUGAGACUAGUCGGCACCAAAAAUAUUCCUUUGACUUCAGGACCAGCUGUUUUGUUUUUGAUUUUCAAAGCUUAUGAAAUGAUAACAUUGAGGUCCUCGUUAAUCCGCUGUUGGUCUAAGGAGGUGUGCACGAUAAUGAGCUUCCUCCACAUCACAGAAUCAUGUCCAUUCAAACACUUGCUGCACUAUUUAUGAAGUGCUCGUUUUAAAACACUUGUCCUUGUUUUCCGUGGUCUUUGCAUAAAGUGCUACCUUUUUUAAAACUCUUGCAGUUUGCACAUAUAGAGGCCUGAGGGGGGGAGGCGGGGAGGGAGGGGUGUUCUGGAUGUAAUACUACUGUCAUCUGUAUGAUAAAAAAAAAACAAGAUUUAUUUAUUUUCUAAUAACUUCGAAUAAUCCAGAAGUGUUCUGUUUCUGGCAGGUUUUCUGUAUAUUGAGUAGAGUGUAUUUGUAGUCUGACCCCCCGAGCAGUUAUUGUCCACUCCAUUGAGGAAACUGUGACUUGGUCCAACAUGAGCAAACAUUUUAAGACAUUAUUUUCUGUUUUCUGCUCAAUUUGGACAAAUUAUGUUUUGGAGAUUCUCUAAAUUCUCUUGUGUUCAGUAAUGAUCGAUAAGCUGAAGUGAUGACGAGCUUCAUGCAACAUAUCUGUGCUCAGCUUUACACAUUGUACACCUGUUAAAUCAUCUCUGUUGUUGAUGUGAAGUUGUGUAUGAGAAAGGGUUUUGUCUUCGUGGUACGUCACUCAAUUAUUUUUUUCAAACAAAACCGGUGAGAAGACAUACUUUGUUUUUUUUUAUUAUUAAAUAAAAGUGAAACAUGAUCAAG